AUGGAUCAAAUCAAAUGUAUAUUCUAUAGUGAAUUUCAUAAUAUAUAUGGUACCAAGAUAUUUUAUCAAUAUCCUGAAGGUUUUAUAUCAAAUGAUGUAUUUGAAGGAUUUGCAGAGUUUAUUAUACCUAAACCAAAGUUGUGUGGAAAAGUAAUUACAUUCACUGCAGGUGAAUACAAGAUACUUGGUUAUCCUGUACUUCUUCAAGACGUUAAAUAUCAUCGUAAUGCUCUGUUAUUCAAUCUAUGUAUGGUGUUUGAUAGAGUAACGGAUACUACAAUUUAUCAUCCAAUCAUUAGAAAACUUGGUAUCAUGUUGAGAACUCUCGAACAAGAGAGUGAAUAUCUAUUCAAUCAAAACAAAUCUUCUGUAAAUUUAAAUAUCCAACAACACUCUACGAAUCAACAAAUAUUACUACAACAACAACAACAACAACAACAACAACAACAACAAAUACAACAACAACAAAUGCAACAGCAAAUGCAACAGCAACAACAGCAGCAGCAGCAGCAACAACAACAACAACAACAACAAUCACAACAACAAUCAACAACAACAAACACAAACACAAAUACGACCAGUCCAUUACAAUCAUUACAACAAUCAUUAGCAUCAGCAUUUUCAAUGUUUCAAAAGAAAACACCAUCACAUAUAGAUCAACCUGAUCUCUUAAAAGUAUUGGAAACAUUGUAUAUAGAAUUAAAUAGUGAUGGAGAAAGUACAAUAACCAUUGAUGACGCCAAUACAAUCAAUGUAAAAGUAUUUUCACUACCUCUAGAACCAAUGGACGUAUUGGAACACCAUGUACCAGUACUCAUUAGCAAUAUUGAUACAAUGAAUGCUGGUGAAUGGGAUCUUACAUUGCUUCAAGUAAUUCCAUACAUUGAUGGUGUCAACUUUGUUGGUAGAAUUGCAAAAUUGACAGAGAUUGAUAUCAAUCUUGUUAAAACUUGUGUUCGUCAUUUGGUAUACUACAAUGUAGUAAAGAUGAUUGAUAUAUUUCAAUACUCUAAUAUCUAUAAUCCAACACCACAAAUACGUAAACUAGCAUAUGAUUUGGAUAUGCAAAGAGAAUGUAUGGAGUAUAUAACUCUUCCAGGGUCUUCAUGUUGUUCGUUUGAUACAAUAUUUUCACUUUAUGCUGGACUAUCAACAGACACACCCUUUAGAGAAUAUUGCACAGAGAAUGAAUUAACAUCACUUGGUAUAGAUGAACGAUGUUUUAUAACUUUUGGUGUCAUUAAUGAUUUUCUAAAAAGAAAGCAAAAAUAUCCAAUGCUAAGUAAUCUUAAGCUAUUGGAAAAAUUACCUCAAAAUGAUAAAAAAAGAUUAUUAAAUGGAACAAAAAGUUUAGAUGAAAUUUGUUGUAUUUUAUCAAUAGGUAUGGAAUCAAUCGAAAAGGUAUUAAGUUCAAUUGCAGAACCAGAGACAUAUUAUACAAUUUAUAAAUAA